AUGUUCUUUCUCUUUCUUUUUUCCUUCCUUCUUUCUUUUUUCCUUCCUUCUUUCUUUUUUCCUUCCUUCUUUCUUUUUUCCUUCCUUCUUUCUUUUUUCCUUCCUUCUUUCUUUCUUUCUUCCUUCUUUCUUUCUUCAUUUCCUUAUCAUUUUUCAUGUUCUUUUUCUUUCUUUUAUCCUUCCUUCUUUAUUUCUUCAUGUUCUUUCUCUUUCUUUUUCCUUCCUUCUUUCUUUCUCCAUUUCCUUAUUACUUUUCAUGUUUCUUUUCUUUUUUCCUUCCUUCUUUCUUUCUUUUUUCCUUCUUUCUUUCUUCAUUUCCUUAUCACUUUUCAUGUUCUUUUUCUUUCUUUUUCCUUCCUUCUUUCUUUCUUUUUUCCUUCUUUCUUUCUUCAUUUCCUUAUCACUUUUCAUGUUCUUUCUCUUUCUUUUUCCUUCCUUCUUUCUUUCUUUCUUCAUUUCCUUAUCACUUUUCAUGUUCUUUCUCUUUCUUUUUCCUCCCUUCUUUCUUUCUUUCUUUCUUUCUUUCUUCAUUUCCUUAUCACUUUUCAUGUUCUUUUUCUUUCUUUUUCCUUCCUUCUUUCUUUCUUUCUUUCUUUCUUUCUUCAUUUCCUUAUCACUUUUCAUGUUCUUUCUCUUUCUUUUUCCUUCCUUCUUUCUUUCUUUCUUUCUUCAUUUCCUUAUCACUUUUCAUGUUCUUUCUCUUUCUUUUUCCUUCCUUCUUUCUUUCUUUCUUUCUUUCUUUCUUCCUUCAUUUCCUUAUCACUUUUCAUGUUCUUUUUCUUUAUUUUUUCCUUCCUUCUUUCUUUCUUCAUUUCCUUAUCACUUUUCAUGUUCUUUUUCUUUCUUUUUCAUGAUUUCUUUUUUUUCUUCUUUUGA